AUGGCACCCUUAGUUACUCAACUCUUCUUGUGCUUGUUCCUCAUUUUCUUCUUCGUUCCUUCAAAUAUAUGUCUAAUGGAGAUAGAGGAGAAAAAUGGCGUAAAACCAUCGCCAUUUGAGUUUCUAAAAAAUUUACAAGGUAGUAAAAAGGGUGUUCAUGUGAAAAAACUUCAUCAACUCCGAAAGUAUCUCAAUCAAUUUGGUUAUCUCGAGAGUUUCGAUGAAAAUGAUGAAUUCGACGAUGACCUAGAGUCUGCAAUCAUUACUUACCAACUCAAUUACAACCUUAAUAUCACCGGAGUCUUAGAUUCUCAAACGGUGUCAAAAAUGUCAAUGCCUCGAUGCGGGAUACCGGACAUUAUAAAUGGCACUAACAAUAUGUACCACCAUGGCCCCAGCCCCUUUCACAUAGUGUCACAUUACAGUUUCUUCAAAAACUCCCCCAAAUGGCCUAAAACCCUACUCACCUAUGGUUUUAAACCCGGUUUUCCUAUCGAAUUCAUGCCUGCCAUAGGACUAGCCUUCUACAAAUGGGCUGCAGCAACAAAUUUCGAGUUUCUUCCGACUUUUAUAAGUGAUCAAAAUGCAGAUUUACAUAUUGCUUUCGUUAGCGGAGACCAUGGUGAUAACGCUCCGUUCGACGGCCCGGGAGGAGUCCUUGCUCAUGCAAGUCCACCAACUUUUGGCCAGUUCCACAUUGAUGCAACUGAACCAUGGUCCAUUGGCGCUGCCCCAGCAAAAAUAGAUAUGAUAAGUGUUGCUAUGCAUGAAAUUGGGCAUCUUUUAGGACUAGAGCACAGCAAAGUUGAGGCUGCAGUUAUGUACCCCUAUAUUGGUUAUGGAGUGGACAAAACAACUUUGAAUGAGGAUGAUCUUGCAGGUAUAAGAGCUUUAUAUGGACUCUGA